AUGAACUUCGGCGAGCGGCGAUCGACGACGACGACGGUGGCGGUGGCGGCGACGACGGCCAGCGUCAUCAGGGCAGCGGUGUGGUCGAUUGCCGCCCUGGUGGCCCUGGUGGGCGGUGCGGUGGACGGGACGCAGCGGUUCGCGAUGGAACCGCAGGACCAGACGGCCAUCGUUGGCUCGCGGGUGACGCUACCGUGCCGGGUGGAAUCGAAGGUGGGCGAACUGCAGUGGACGAAGGACGACUUCGGGCUGGGGAGGUUCCGCAACUUGAGCGGCUUCGACCGCUACUCGAUGGUGGGCAGCGACGAGGAGGGCGACUACUCGCUCGAGAUCUACCCGCUGAUGCUGGAAGACGAGGCCCGCUACCAGUGCCAGGUGGGGCCCGGUAAACACGGAAUGCUGGGCAUCCGGUCGAAGUUUGCGACGCUCACGGUGCUGGUGCCGCCGGAGCCGCCGAAGAUCGUGCAGGGCGACUUCCUGGUGACGACCGAGGACCGGGAGAUCGAGCUGGAGUGCGUGUCGGCGGGCGGUAAGCCGGCGGCCGAGAUCACGUGGAUCGACGGCCACGGCACGGUGCUGACCCGCGGCAUCGAGUACGUGAAGGAGCCGAUGACGGACACGCGCCGCUUCACCGCCAAGUCGAUCCUGAAGCUGACGCCGAAGAAGGAGCACCACAACACGUCGUUCACCUGCCAGGCGCAGAACACGGCCGACCGGACGUACCGCUCGGUGCGGCUCCAGCUCGAGGUGAAGUACGCGCCGAAGGUGAGCGUGUCGGUGGUGGGCGGCGCGCUCGCCGGGGGCCGCAUCCUCGAGGGCGCCGAGGUGCGCCUCUCGUGCCACGCCGACGCCAACCCGAGCGACGCCACCUACCGGUGGUACCGCGGCGACGAGCUCAUCGCCGGGGACUACACAACGGAAAUGAUCAUCCACAACAUCUCGAAAGAGUACCACGAUGACGUCAUCAAGUGCGAGGUGCACAACGCGGUCGGCAAGAGCGAGGAGAGCGAGGUCCUGGACAUCAGCUACGGACCCACGUUCCGCACCCGGCCGCAGUCGGUCGAGACGGAGGAGGACGCGAAGGUGACGCUCAGCUGUGACGUCACCGGGAAUCCGGCGCCGGAAAUUUUCUGGGUCCACGAGGAGACGGACCGGAUCGUGUCGAACGCGGCCAACCUCACGCUGACGGCGACCCGGGACACCGCCGGCACCUACCUGUGCAAGGCGAGCGUCCGCGGCUUCCCGGACAUCGAGGCCGCCGCGGCCAUCUACCUGAAGGGAGCGCCGGCGAUCCGGUCGCCCCGCCAGCAGACCGGGGCCGUCAACGACAACGCGCAGAUCCAGUGCGACGCGGUGUCGGUGCCGCGCGCCCGCCAAGUACUGUGGACGUACAACGGGCUCGAGGUGAACAACGAGAACGACUACACGAUCCUGGAGAACCACUCGCCCGAGGGCGUCCGCUCGACGCUCAUCAUCAACAACAGCCAGCGGCAGCACUUCGGGGUCUACAACUGCACCGUGCUGAACGAGUACGGUGCGGACUCGCUGGAGAUUGAGUUCACGCCCCGGGAAACGAUCCUGCUGCCGACGAUCAUCAUCGGCUCGAUCGUCGGCUUCAUGCUGGUGGUCGUGGUGCUGAUCGGCAUCACGCUCUGCUGCUGUGGCCGGCGCGGCAAAAAGAAGCUCCCGCCGGCCGACGUUAUCCAGGAUCACUAUAUCCCGGAGAAGACGUGCAAGGACACGGACCGGGCGUCGAACGUGAGCGACCUGAAGAUUGACCGCGAUCACGAGUACUCCGAGACGUGCUCCGGAACGGACAGCAUCGUGACGCGCCUCGCCAUGUCCAGCGGGGGAAGCAGCAACAACAGCGCGGGCGGAGCAGCACCCCCGAACGGAGGCAGCCGUGGAGGUGGUAUCGGUGGCGGCGGCGUUCCCCUCGCUGGCCCUGUUCGCAUCCCGAACGACUAUCGCUACUCGGGCGACUACUCGGACGGCAUCGGCACGCUGCAAGCCAAAAUCGGCCAGAGUAACGGUGGCUACGUCCAGUACGUGGACUACGCGCACGACUACAACGUGCCAAUGCUGAUGCCCGGCGCCGGCCAGCUCCCGAACGGGAACCUCUCGCUGACGCGCGCAAACCCACGCGAACUCCGUCAGGACAACGGACUCCCGAGCAUCCAGAGCGGCCUCGGUUCACUCUCGUCCGGCAUGGGCUCCCUGUCCAGCGGGCUGCUGAAUCCUGCCCAUAUUAACGCACCCAGCAGCAUCGAUCCACGGUACAGUGCCACGUACGGGAAUCCGUACCUGCGGAGCAGCUCCACCCAUCUGUCGCCGCUGCCACCGCCCAGUACGGCCAACCCGGCGGUCACGCCAGCACCCCCGCCGUACAGCGCCAGCGCCCGGCACCCGCCGACCAGCUCGCGGCUGACCAUGGGCGUCAACCUGGGCGUCAACUGCAACGGGUCGGGCAGCAUCGUCGGCAUCACGUCCGGACUCACCAGCCCGGAGUCGAUCCGCUCCGUCAGCACGGGCAGUAUGAACCCGUCCGGUGGUCCUGCGGCGGUACCCCAACAGCAGCAGCAGCAGCAGCAGCAGGCUCAGCAGCAGGCUCAGCAGCAGCAGCAACAACAGCCAGUAACCGGAAGCCCUGGGCCCGGCCAAUUCAUUCUGCCAUCGAACGGGGACAUACGCAAGGGGGCGCUCGCUACCCACGUCUAG